AUGCCAACAGUAUAUUGCAUAGUGUACCUGCGCGCGUGGCGUCCACAGUGUAGGCGACGACGCGCGCGGCGGGCGGGCGCCAGCGCAGCGUCACGCGGCGCGCGCCGUCCGGCACGCAGCGCAGCGCACCCGGCGCCGCCGCCCACGCGCCCGUCACGUUCAGCCAACAGUAUAGUGCAUAGAGUACCUGCGCGCGUGGCGUCCACAGUGCAGGCGACGACGCGCGCGGCGGGCGGGCGCCAGCGCAGAGCCACGCGGCGCGCGCGGGCCGGCACGCAGCGCAGCGCGCCCGGCGCCGCCGCCCACGCGCCCGUCACGUUCAGCCAACAGUAUAGUGCAUAG